ACGGUAGCCUGCUGGUAGAAUUUCCUGACUCCAUCCCCACGUUGACGAAGCCGCCUUUUACCGUCAACGUUACCAAUAGCUGCAACUAUGGCUUCCAUGUUCGAGCAGCCCCGAAAUGGCACCCUUUUCUUGGGUGGCCAGAAGAUCUCAGGUUCUGAUAUUAGAGACCAGAAUGGAGAUGUGAUGCGUCAAAAUCAAUCGAGAGAUUUAGCGAAGGCGCCUCAUACUUGUAUGACGACUUGGAACAACAAGAAGACUAUCAAGUGUUUGGAAAAAGCAGUUGAUCAAUACAAGACUGUUAUGGAAACUCAGAUCCUGGUACGCGUAUGUAAGCGCAACGAUGCAAUCGUAGUGCAACAACAGAAGGGGUUUGACGACCUGUCGCAAGGCCUACAGGAUUUUAUCACACAUUAUGCCGCCGGAGAGACUCAAAUGGCCGCCUGAAUCAAAUCAGAGAAUGGGGCUAUUCAGCACUACGCCAAGCUGAAGAGCUGCAAAGCAGAAGCCUCAAUCAAGGACCAUAUAACCGAGACGGCCCAAAGGCUACAAGUUCGGAGCACCCCAGAAGUAGAGCGGGAGAUGCCGAUAGCCUGUAAGACAUGAAGUUGAUUUGCGGG